UCGAGAGGGUUUAAUCCCUUGUGUCGUUCGCUACUUUGCGCAAUUCACCAAGGCGGACCUACACCGAUAGAUUACGGAAGGUGGAAAUACCCCCGGUCUUUUUCCAUGGUUGAAUAGAAUAAUCACGAUUGCGACGAAGACGACAUAAACAUCUCCUACUUAUCAACACUACUAGCUUAGAACCUACCUCUGUUCUAUUCCAAUUGCUUGUUGCUUUCCACUUCACCAACCGGCGCUUGGAAGGGCGUCGCUAAGCCGCCAUUAUGGAUUUGCUUAGGCGCGCCUACAGGCGUGUGCCUGCAGUUAUGGGCCCUACUCAACUUCCCACAACAGGCGAGAAGAGACCUCCACAAAAUAGAUUAACGGCGCGACUCGCCUUCUUCAGAAGACCUCUACGAUUAAAAGGCAACUCUAGUAUAUCUGUUCCUCUGGGCGUGGUUGUUUUAUUCCCAUGUAUCGUCGUGGUCCUUAUCCUAGUCUUAUUUGUUAGACAUCCGAGUUCUCCGGGCAGAAUAUUAAUGCCGGCCGGUGCUCCUCCGGCUAUUCGAAAGAUUAGCGAAGAGCACGAUAAGGUAUUCGUUACCGGCUGUCUCGAGCCGGACACGACGACAAAGAGAGUGAAUGGCGCGUUUGUCGUCCUUGCUCGAAAUAAGGAGUUGGACGGUGUUAUCCAAUCGGUCAAGUCUAUCGAACGACACUUUAACCGAUGGUACCAUUACCCUUAUGUCUUCUUGAACGACGGAGACUUCAACCAGACGUUCAAAGACGUUAUCCGCAACUACACCUCCGCUCCCGUCGAGUUUGGCAAGGUUGGCGCCGAGAUGUGGGGAUACCCCGAUUGGAUCGACCCCAAGAUUGCGAAGGAAGGCAUUGCUAAACAAGGAGAUGCUGCUGUCAUGUACGGUGGUCUUGAGAGCUAUCACGCCAUGUGCCGCUUCUACUCUGGAUUCUUCUACGAUCACCCGCUUCUUGCCAAAUACGAAUGGUACUGGCGAUUGGAGCCCGAGAUCAAGUACUUCUGCGACAUCACCUAUGACCCAUUCCUCAAGAUGAUCGAGUACAACAAGACUUAUGGAUUUACCAUCGCUGUCAAGGAACUUCGAGAAACUGUUCCCAACAUCUUCCGCUAUGCUUCUGCUUACAAGCGUCUUAACAACAUCACAUCUCAAGGACUUUGGGAAAUGUUUGUCGAGCCCAAGCCAGAGAAGCCAGCACCUCCCGAGAACGAUCCCAACUACAAGCCUCCUCUACCUGAGGAAAUUCUACGUACCGACCCCGGCCGGAUGAAUCUACCUGAAAUUGAUCCGGAAGCUAUGGAGGGUGAGAGUUACAACAUGUGUCAUUUCUGGUCCAACUUCGAAAUCGCGAAGCUCAGCUGGUUCCGAAGUCCGGAGUACAAGGCUUUCUUUGAGAUGAUGGACCGCAGUGGUGGCUUCUGGAUGGAACGAUGGGGUGAUGCUCCUAUCCAUUCUCUUGCCGCUGGUAUUUUAUUAGGUCCCAAGGAUAUCCAUUACUUCCGUGACUUCGGUUACCGACAUACUACCAUCCAGCAUUGCCCGGCAAACGCUCCAGCUCGCCAACUUCCACGUGAACCCUACCUCGAGAAGACAACCCCCGAAGAGAGGAAGCGAAUCGAGGAAGAUGAAUACUGGGACCAAUGGGAUCCCGAGAAGGAGAACGGUGUCGGUUGCCGUUGCCGUUGCGAUACUGAUAUCGUGGAUGUUGAGGGCAAGGAAGGAUCAUGUCUUGCGGAAUGGGUUGAUGUAGCCGGUGGAUGGGCUAGCCCGUAGUGAGGAAUUUGCUGACUUUGAGGCAACGCUCUCGGCGACCCUAGCAGUAACAACUACGGUUGGAUACCCGAUAUCUUCAAGGGACCUUUUUUCAAGGCAUCACUUGGAACCACAGAAUAAUAACGAUGGAACGACAUUUGUAUUUGGUCUAAAAAUUUUCUUCAUCGCUUUCUGUCCACCAGGGGGGGUCUCUCAGAAGUGAUGUGGAACUUGGGUUUCGGAGAAAACGGGCGUAGCUAAGGCUGACGGGAGUGCAGCAUUUUGUGUCAAU